CCCUUGGGCCACGCCCACUCUGCCCGAACUCGGCCCCUGAACCUCAGGUCCUGGCGCUGAGCACGGCUCUAGCACGGCCAGCAUUGUAGGCCCUGCUGCAUUUUCCAAGUUGCUCCCAGGCCGGACCCUCGCCCACUUUCCUAGGCCACGCCUCCGCCCAUGGUGCCUUUCUCCUGUCAAAGUUGGAGAAGGGAUGUUAACGAUGCUCUUCUAUGCAUAAUCCCUGAUAUAGACUUUCUUCUGCAACUGAAAUUAGGAGACAGUAGCUCAGUCUGCCCUCACCUCCCGUAACUCAUCUUGCUGGUGACUCAGAAAGUGGAAUGGCUGGGAGGAACCGUCCAAGCCCAGCCCGGACAUGCUAGCCACUGCAGAGUCCAGCUCCAGUGAGCCCGACAAGGAGGUGGAGUCUCCAGAUGCGGUAGCUACAGCCACGUUCUCCUCCGUGGAGGAGCCAGGCCCUAAGCCGACACCCAUACCACCAGUGUGGGACCGUGGAGGACCUCCGCAGCAGGUCGCCGCUCCAGCCCCAGACAACUGCCAGCCGGGCUCAACCAGCACAGCUGUGGGGACCAAUGAGGACCUGAGGUUGCCCAGACGACGUCCACCACCAGGAAAACAGAUACCCUGCUCUAGCCCUGGCUGCUGCCUCAGUUUCCCCAGUAUUCGUGAUCUGGCACAGCAUCUCCGUACCCACUGCCCGCCCACACAAUCACUGGAAGGCAAACUCUUCCGAUGCUCAGCCCUGAGCUGCACUGAGAGUUUCCCCAGCAUGCAGGAGCUGGUGGCCCACGGCAAGCUACAUUACAAGCCCAACCGCUACUUCAAGUGUGAGAAUUGCCUCCUGCGCUUCCGCACUCACCGCUCCCUCUUCAAGCAUCUGCAUGUUUGUGCAGAGCAUGCUCAGAGCCCAGUCCCACCACCACCCCCUGCCCUGGACAAAGAGCCACCCGUGCCCGAGCGCCCCGCAGACUCCGACCCUUCAUCUACUCUGAGCCUGCCUUUCCCUCUACUUGAGCCCUUCACCUCUGCCCCCACUGGGCCCUUCCUUCCCUACUUGAACCCUGCGCCCUUUGGACUGAGUCCCCCGCGACUGCGCCCAUUCCUGGCUGCUGCUCCAGGACCUCCAGCCUCCAGCACUGCCAUCUGGAGAAAGAGUCAAGGUGCUGCCGGAAGUCCCAGAAGACCUCAGGGCGGCUCAGAUGCGCCCUCAGGGUACGUGGCCCCCAGCCGCAUCGUGUGGGAACACACGCGUGGCCGCUACUCGUGCAUGCAGUGUGACUUCUCCACGGCCUCACGGCCUACUAUGACACUGCACCUUCAGGACCACCGCCCCAACACCCCCACAGACCUGGCGCCCGGGUCCCUCCGUGCUGGUGCCCGGGCGGGUAAGGCUCAGGAAUGCUUCAGCAUGAAGCCUGCGGCAAGAGGUGAGGCCCAGGCUCAGCGGCCGCCCCCUCAGCACCACACAGACCCAAUCUCAUUUGCUCCUGCUGUGUCACAACUGUCAGAGGGGGAGCGUCCCAUUUUUUCACAGUUCUGAACCAGCUGUGUUGGCCUGGGUGGGAGAGCCUGCAGAGAUUUUUGUAAUUUGAGGGGGGAGGGGAUAAUAAAGGAGGUGUCUUUGGUCC